AUGUCGGACCAGCUCAAGGAUCUCGCCGACGUCCCCAAGGACUUCAUCAAGGACGGCACCCAGUUCUUGAACCGAUGCACCAAGCCCGACAAGCGCGAGUUCAUCAAGAUCUCGCAGGCCGUCGGCGUCGGCUUCGUCGUCAUGGGCGCCAUCGGCUACAUCGUCAAGCUCGUCCACAUCCCCGUCAACAACAUCCUGGUCGGCGGCUCGUGA